AUGUCCGAGUACCAGCGGAUGUCCAGCGACGCUAUACUGUCGGUCAGGAGGACCCUCCUGAAUGAAUCUAAAGCGGUCUCUGGACUUAUGAAGCAGUUUGAUGAGGAUGAGUUCUCUCAGGUUAACUUGGCCAACACAUUGAAGAUUUUCUACGAAACCCAUUUAAGGGGCGGUAAGAUCGUUUGCUGUGGUAUUGGAAAAUCUUAUAAGAUCGCCACCAAGACUGUGGCAACAUUGAAGUCCUUGACUAUUGACGCUGAUGUCUUACAUCCAUCGGAGGCCUUGCACGGAGAUCUUGGCUUAUUGAGAGACCGUGAUUGUUUGGUCUUCUUCACCGCUAGCGGGAAUACCCCAGAGCUCCUCCAGCUCUUGCCCCACCUCUCACCUUUCUUGCCCAUUGUGCUUUUGACAUGCAACAAGACCUCGAAGUUGUCAGAACACCCUCAAGUUCGUGCCUUGCUUUUUGCUGAACUACCGCCACAUUUGAAGGAAGACAUCAUUCAUGGUCUUCCAGCUCCAACCGUUUCGACAACAUUGUCAUUGGUGUUGGCCGAUGCUGCUCUGUUGGCUUUAUCGGAGAUGAUCGAGAAGGACGAGGCUAAACGCCGCAAGCUCUUCUCUAUGAAGCAUCCAGGUGGAUCAAUAGGCUCUGAUUUGAGCUAUUUGAAUGAUAACUUUGCUAAGUUGGGCAAUUUCAACACGGUCUCUCCAAGUACAGCCACUCACACAGAGAGUUACUCGUCUCUUUUGUCACUCAAUCAAGUGCAAAAGUCUUUUGGAGCUGGAAACUCCGUGGAGGGCCGCUCAGAAGCUACAUCGCUUGACAGCUCCGACAGUGAGGAUCUCUUGGAGUACAAGUUGAGGAUCGAUAAGGAACUCUCACAAGCAAUCAAGAACGCACCCCCCGAUCUGGUAUUGAGCGUCAAGCAAGACGAGAUUGCUUCAUGGUCCGAAAUGGAUCUCCUCAAACAUGUUACGAUUAAUGAAUUCAUCACCUUCCUGGCUCAAGAUCAAAGUGCCACCUUUGGCCUGACAAGUAAGAGCAUCCGUGCUUUCUACAAGUCAGCGUCUGGGAACGGCUGGGCCGGUAUGGAACAAUUGUUGCCGACUUUCAAAAUGAUUGACCUUUAA